AUGAGACUGCUGUCUGUGAUAUCGAGUCUCCUUUCUAUCAACUCAUCUAUUCACGAUGUUCUCGCUUCUGGGCCCCGAGUCAAUCUAACCAUCGGUGUAUUCGAGGGUCUCGAGGCUAAUGGUGGCAUCGAAAGGUUUUUAGGGAUCCCCUUCGCUCAACCACCCGUUGGUUCUCUUCGUUUCAAGGCCCCGGUUCCCAUCAACCAAACGUUCACAGGAGUUCAGAAUGCCACGAUGUUCGGAAACGCAUGUGUACAACCACCAUCAUCAAGUCUGGGGGCACCUACCGGUGAGGACUGUCUUUUCCUAAACGUAUGGAGGCCCGAGAAUGUCAGCACCGAUUCGGCCUUGCCCGUUCUUGUAUGGGUCUAUGGUGGCGCUUUCAAUACAGGUGCAGCCUCCGACCCAGAGUAUAAUGCGACAAUUCUAGUACAGCGGAGUAUGGAAAUUGGCAAGCCCAUCAUAUUCGUGUCUGCAAACUACCGGGUGAACACCUUUGGUUUCCUUGCGAGCGCAGAUAUGGCCGUCGAAGACCUCAACAACGGUCUUCAGGACCAAUCGGCCGCACUCAGGUUCGUUCAAGAAAAUAUUGUUACGUUCGGAGGUGAUUCCUCGAAGGUUACGAUUUGGGGGCAGUCUGCUGGCGCAGGAAGUGUCGAAGCCCAGAUUGUUUACAACGCUUCCGCUGGGUUGUUCAGAGGCGCCAUCAUGGAUUCCAUGACUGGUCCUUUCAAAAGCUCGCCUCCACCCAGUACUUAUGACGCUCCCGGAAAGCCUUUUGCACUCAUUUUGAACGCGACAGGAUGCAGCGCUGGCCCCACAGCGUUUGCAUGCUUGCAGGAUGCACCCACUGAGGUCUGGCAGCCUACUGUCGCCCCUGGCAGCUUUUCUCCUGCUCGGGCUUCUGAGACCAUCGCGUCUGGAGAGUUCUUACAUAUUCCUAUGAUCGCAGGAACUAAUCUGAACGAAGGAAAUUCCUUCUCUGCCAGCCUUCUCGGCCUCAACCUGACGGGAUAUACCCAGGAUUUAGCCUUCGACAACUUCGUCCGCGCCUCCGUGAUCGACCAGACCCUCAUUACCUCCGACGUCCUGGAUCAAUUCCAUAAAUUCUACCCAGCAAAUGAUCCAAGCGAAGGUGCACCGUUCAAUACCGGUGACUCGUUGUUCGACAGAGCUGCGGCUUGGUAUGGAGAUUUCAUGUUCCUCUCCGCCAGAAGACGCUUCUUGGAUGUCGCGGCCUCCCUUCAGCCGACAUUCGUGUAUCAUUUCCGGGAGUUUAUUCCCGGAAAUAAUGUGACACUUGGCGUUUCUCAUGCUUCGGAAUUGCCACUCAUCUUUGGGCCAGUACCUGCGGUUGCAGCGGUGGAGGAUGACUUUGCCAUCACAUGGAGGGACUUCUACAUCAACUUCGUGAACGACCUCAACCCUGGUUCUGCUUGGCCACAGUUCACAAACGAGACAAGACAAGUUUUGCAGUUGAAAAGAGACAAUAUCACGACUAUCCCUGAUGGUGCGUGUGCGCAGUCCAUAUGGUCGUCACAGGCCUGA